AUGGGGAAAAGCCCGACCGGCUCCUUCGCCGAGGCCAUCGAGGCGCUUCGCGCCGAGGUGCACGCCGUGGAGAGGCGCGAGCGUGAGGCGCGAGCGGAGACCGACACGUUCUUCCUCCUCUUCUGCGGCUCUCUUGUUUUCAUCAUGCAGGCCGGGUUCGCCCUUCUCGCUGCUGGCUCGGUGCGGAUGCGGUCCGUGAAGAACAUCCUUCUCAAGUCGGUGAUGGACGCUUGCCUCGGCGGGCUCAUCUGGUACCUGUUUGGCUUCGGCCUCGCAUACGAUGACGGCGACGGGCCAGGCAACCCCUUCAUCGGAUCGAGAACGCACUGGAUCAAGUUCUUCUUCCAGUACGCGUUUGCUGCGGCGGCCGCCACCAUCACCUCUGGCGCGCGGUGCACCCUAGUCGCCUACCUCCUCUACGUCGUGCUGAUCGUCGGCUUCAUCUACCCCGUGAUCGUGCACUGGGUCUGGGACCCGGCGGGCUUCCUCUCCGCCUUCAACAAGGACGCCGUCCUCACAGGCAUGAUCGACUUUGCCGGUUCGGGCGUUGUGCAUAUGACUGGCGGUGUGUGCGCACUCUCGGGCGCCGCCAUCAUCGCGCCGCGCCGCGGUCGCUUCCAUCCCCAGAGUGACUGCUCCGGCGCCGGCCUCGACCAGCCAGGCACCGGCGCAUUCCAGGGCCAGUCGGCGCCGCUGCAGGCGAGCUCGCAAAGCGUGCUCGGCACUUUCCUUCUCUGGUUCGGCUGGUACGGCUUCAACCCGGGCUCCACCCUCGCAAUCCACGGCUACGCACGGGACGCGGCGCGGGCGGCAGUCACCACCACCCUCGCCGCCGCCGCCGCCGCUACGGCGGGGCUGCUUCUCAAGCGCGGCCUGCCAGGGCGGCUCGGCGGCUCCCUGGUCUGGGAUCUUGGCCAUAGCUGCAACUCGUUGCUGGGCGGACUCGUCUCAAUCACCGCGGGCUGCUCGGUCGUCGCGCCGUGGGCCUCGAUCCUCAUCGGCGCCCUCGGCGCCGCCGUGUACCACGCGGCCUCGUGCAGCAUGCGCAAGCUCAAGAUCGACGACCCGCUCGACGCCUUUGCAGUGCACGGGGCAUGCGGCCUGUGGGGCUGCGUCGCCGUGGGAUUCUUUUGCACGCCCGCCUACUCGUACGCGCCGCACGCCGACUCGCAACUGUACAGCACGCUCGGCGGCUACGACUGCGGGGUUCUCUACGGCGGCAGCGGACAGCUGCUCGCAGCGCAGAUCGUGUCCCCCCUCCUGAUCGCGCUCUGGGCGGGCUCGCUAAGUGCGAUCGCGUUCGCAGGCAUGCGAACUGCCAAGAUGCUCCGCGUGUCGGAGUAUACGGAGAGGAUCGGACUCGACAACACCAAGCACGGCGGUGGCGCGUACCCGGCCAUCGACGCGGCCAUUGACGCGGCCAUCAAGGAGGUAUCGUCGAGCCUGAAGAAGGAUUUGCGCGAGCCGUCGGCGCACAAGAUGAAGGAGGACACGGCACCGGGUGCCCAAUCGACCGACACGAGCCCCGCUUGGACGAGCCCGGCCCUCUCUUGCAGCGACGGUAUCGCCGCCCCCCCACCCAUCGCAGCCGAGGGCUGGGAGCGCCAGGCAAGGAGCAAAAGGCACCCCAGCCGGGACCUCGGACCGACCGGCGAAGACUCGUCAAACACAGCGAGCGCCUGA